AUUGAAAUUGACUAUCGCCCACCGUCUGGUUGAUUGUCAAAAUUUUUUUGUCUUUAAAUCGACAUCCUGCUUAUUAAAAUAAUAACUAAAAUUUAUUUAUGUUAAUUGAAUUAAUUUUAGUUGCUUAAGAUAGCAUUAAGUGUUGAUAAAUCUACUUAUAUGUAAUCUAGUUAGUCGAUAAUUAGAAAUUACGCAAAAAAAUAGUUUAAAUAGUUCAACAUGAAAAACGAUAAUAUAGAAGAGGAAGAAGUAGAUGUGUUUCAACUAGUAUUAAAAUUAAGAUAUGAAAAACUCCUUGUAACGACAGAAAAGAAAAAAAUUGAAGAUUUAAACAGAUUGCUUAUAGAAAAAACUCACGAAAUAAUAAGAGAAUCUUGGAUAACUACAAAACAACGUUUACUUUUGUAUCAAAGGGAAAGUACUAUACAGAAUUAUCAAAAAGUUGAUCACUUAUUAAAGUCAGAGUUUGUGGAUGCAAAACAAAAAUUGGGUUUUCAGAAUACAAUAAAAAUAGGAAAUCUUUUACAAGUGCUGAGAUCCCAACCUUCUCAAUUAGCGAAAUGGUUGAUGUUCGGAGAGCAACUAGCAGAAGAAAUGCAAAAUUACUCGUUUUUUCUAGAAACUAUUGUAGUAGGACUUUACGGAUGUCUAUUAUUCUCAGAUGAUAUUAAAUAUAUGUUGGCUUUAUUAUACGAACUAGCUAAAUUACAACUUCUAAAUUGCGAAGACCCCAGAAGAAUUAUAAAACAGAGGACAUGCUCAUUUAAACAUCUCUACUUUUUAUUCCACGAAGUAUUACAAUCAGCUAAAUUUUUCUUGAGUGCAGCUAUGGAAAUACCAAUAGUACAGAUGAUGUCCUGUACGGAUUAUUAUUUAGAUGUAGACCCCGAAAAAACCAGGAUGAGAUUUAAGCAAGACGACAACGAUGUUACCAAUAUUUUCAAAGACGUAGAAGAAUAUAGAAACGAAGUUGUAGCUAAACUCGUCGAAUUUACAAAUACUUUCAUAACAUCGCUUUUAGAAAAUGUUUAUAGCUUUCCGAAAUCCAUUUCUUGGAUAGUAUCUAAAAUAGCGAAGAUUAUCGAAAAAUCUUUUAGUGCAAAACAGGCAAACGCCAUAAUAACGGAACUAAUAUUCAACCUGUAUAUAUGUCCAGUGAUAAUAGAUCCGGAACAAUACGGGAUAUGUACAUCACAAGUUACCGAAAUAGCCAGACACAACCUCAUACAAGUUUGUCAAAUUUUACAAUCGUUAGCUUUACAUAAAUACGAACCUAUAGAUAUGAAAAAUUCGGAUCUGUUCGACAUGUUGGAUAAAAAUAAAGUUUGUAAUUUUAUCGAAUUGUUAUUUUUCGAUAUGGAUUCCGAAGAACCUCCUAUAGAAAAUUCCCCAAAUCUUUCGAGGGACAUUAUGAUGUUUACCGAAACCGAGCUCAAUAACAUAAUUUCUAUUUUACAAAAAAUACAGUUUAAACAAAAAUCAAGCGACAAUUUUUUAAAAGAAUUAACUAUAGAAGAACAAUUAGCAUCCCUCAGUUUAUCUUUCGAUAAUUCGCCUAAAUCGAACCGUUCUUCCAACAGUAUAUCAGAUUCUCCCAGGAAUCAUAGUAACCACAGCAAUCAUAACGUGGUCCUAGUUUUUCCAAUCGAUCAAGCGCAUUCCGAUCCGAUAGGUCUGGUAUCCGAGGAAAAAAUACUCGAAGCCAGUAUACCGAUUAAAAACGGUGAUAUAUCGGUCGUUAUGCCGGAAACUCCGCCGCAAAAUACCGAUUUAAAACAAUCUUUCACUUUCCACGACGAAGGAUCCAUCGGCAAUACUUCGGAUAAUUUGGAAGCCAUUUCGGAAGCGGCCAGCAACCAUUCGGUGGAUAGUAGCAUCGAAUUGGAAAACGAAGAUCAGAACGACAAUCUUUCCGAUAUGAUAUCGGCGAACGUUUCAGGUCGAGGUACGCCGAAUAUAUCGGGGAGAGACACGCCGAGUUCUCAAGUGUGCGAUAACGACGAUAGGGCGUUGGCCGAACCGCGACAAGCGGACGUCGCCCAACCGCAGGCUAAUUUAAAUUUGAACAGGCAAAUUAGAUCGGAAAUAGACGACAAAUUUUGCAAAUUCGAAAUAAAAAAACUUCUGGAAGGCGACGAAACUAUAUCGAUAAUAUCGGAAACGUGGAGCACCGACGUUCUAGCUUCGGAUAACGAAACGCUAGAUACGAGCGAAAGUAGACAAUCGUCGUCGCAAUUGGUCGAAGUUGUGCCGAACAAUUUGGAUUUGUCGGAAACUCAGAGCGAAAGCGCUUGGUCGACGGACGUUAUGACCUCCGAUACGGAAAGAUUGACGGAAAUCGAUAACGACGAUUCCGUCAGCGUCGCCCAAUCGGACGAUACCAGAUCGGAAACCGACGAUAACGCUUGUUCGAGCAGAAGAUUGUCCUCUUGUUCUAAUUCGUUCGUUCCGAUUUCGUCUAAUCAGAAUUACGUAUCGAACGUCGCUGUUCAAAAUAUGAGUUUCUUACCGCCUUCCAACGGUCAUUGUUCCGUUAACGGUACUAGAAAUAAGUACGUUUCGACGGUGACGAAUUUUCAGGAUUAUAAUAAGAUCGAGUUUAAGAACGAUCGGAUUAAUAGGAAAUUGUAUCAGGAACAAACCGAUAAUAACGCCAAUAGGGUAUUUAAGGCUUUAACAUUCGAACAAUCCGAAUCGUUAACUGAAAAUGGCGAGAUUAAGGCAUCGAUAUUCAAACCUACGGUUAUAAAAAAUGGUUCGAUUGCCAAAGAUACUGAAUUGAACAACUUGGCCGGUCCGAGUGGGGUAGCAGAACCCGAAAAGAAUCACCAUAACCGUCCCAACGAGAUCCUUCUGAGUAAUUGCAGUUUAAAUUCGAGUUCCAGCGGUUCGAGUAGCCACAGUUUCGAAAAUAAAAAUACCUCCGAGCAAUGGGAAAGUAAACAGUGGUUAAACAGUUCCGGUAGUAGUUUAAAUGUUACUCUAACACCUUCGGAAAGUACCAGCGAACUAUCGGUUAUGAGUAUAGGAAAAAAAGCAGCAGCCGGUAGAGGAUUGAAACCCUCGGUGUCUACGGGGGCGAUACCGAAAAGUAUCAGUUUCGAUAUGAGCGCCGAUAAAGGAUUAGACCAUGAGGGUAGAUCGAAACGAGGUGGAUUUUUCGGAAAGUUGAGGAUGGGUUUUAAAAGUAGGAGAGGAAAAUGUAUACGGAAUCAAGAUGAAUUUCGAUUAGAAACCGAUGAAUAUGUCGGGAAAAUCGGAGGAAAAGUAGAAAAUAACACAGAAGUAUCCGAUGACAUAUUGGCUAAAUAUCGAACGAAACCCUUCGUGGAAAAUAAAAUUAUAAAAGAUAUCUGUGAUUCGAGUAAAUCUUUAAAGGGAAAACAUGUGUAUAGAAGCAAUAGCGAAGAAGUGAAUACGUUUAAUGACAUUAAAAAUAAAUUACGUUUAGUUUUAAGUAAUACUUGGGAAAUUCCUCAUUAUUUCAAAAAUAAUCCUUUUAGUAUUAAGAAUAAAAUAGAGACGAUGUUAAGAUUGGAAUUGGGGAAAGCCAGAAGACUGAGGGAAUGGUCAGAUGUCGCGAGAAUAUCUGAGGCAAUAAGAUGUAUUAAUUUAUUAAACGAUGAAACAUGCCUUAAAUUAUUGAGUUCUAUGCGGGAAGAUGUAGCUUUGAGAUCAACUUAUAUCAAAUAUCUCAUUAUAUCGAAACAAGAAUUACUAUUUUGUGAAAGUUAUUUAAACAGUUUGCAGGAACAAAUUUCUAAUGACAAAUAUCAAUGCGAAAAGUACUUGGCGGUACUUUGCGUUAAAGAAUUUUUAUCAGAACAAGAAUCCAUGUUGAUGGAUUUUUGCGAAGAAUUCAAACAGCUCAAUUUGGCAGACGAAAAAUGUGAUUUCUUGCAAAAAUUCUAUUCCAAAUUAUUGUUGAUUAUGAAAAGCAGUCCCGUAUGGAAAGGUAUCGUUCGUAAUAGAGAAAAAACAUUGAAGAUUACCUUAGAGAGAUUCAUCAUGAACAAAACAUAUAAAAACUCUAUUUACCCCAACGGUGAUGGCGAUAGAGACAGAGAUAGAGUUCUUCAGGAUCACAUCGGAAAACUUUCGAAAAUAAUAACACCUCAUCACAAAGAUCUUCUUAUAGAAAAGAUGUAUCUUCGCGAGUGUCCUUGGUUACCAGCUCAAGAUGCUUUGAGGGCAUUGAACGUAUACAAAACGCCAAGAGACAAAGUCAAAUGUAUCGUACAUUGUUCGAAAUGUAUUAUGGAUUUAUUGUCGUUGUCUCAGAACGUAGCAUCGACGACCGCCGAUGAUUUUAUGCCCGUAUUGGUCUUUGUGAUAAUUAAAGUUAACCCGGAAGCCCUUUUGUCAACUAUUCAAUACGUAAACAGUUUUUUCCACAACAGACUUUUCGGCGAAGAAGAAUAUUGGUGGACUCAAUUUUGCGCAGCCGUAGAAUACAUUAAAACCAUGGACUAUUCCGAUUGACAAUUGUUGCUAAAUAAUAAUUUUACGAAAAUAUUUCACUUGUACCUACUAUAAUUAAACAAAUAUUAUUUAUGAUUUCUAUUAACUUGUUAGGUUAUAGAGCAUUUAUAUUUUUAAUAAAAAUAUUUAUAUUUUAACAAA